AUGCCGCCUCCAGCAGUCAACCCAGCGAGACCGAAGAUCCAGUUCUCGCUCAUAGAAUGCAUUGCUAUCGGUUUUGGUGCCGGCGCUGUCGGUGUCGCCGUCAUGACACUUGGCGAAAAAGUUGAACAAGUAUUCACGAAACGACCAAACUCUUACGUUCCUGGUAAAACGCUAGCUGCCCUCCUAGGCGCUGCUGGUCUCACUUCGUCUUCGGAACGCCUGUUCGCCAGCAACCCAGACAGGAUCAAUCACAUAAUGCACUGGGGGCAAGGAAUGGCUGCAGCAGGACUUCGUGGACUCAUGGCAUACAAUGGACUGGUUGGGCCUUUCGGCAGCUUUAUGUUCAUGUGCGUAAGAUUGAUGAUUGAUCAGACGUUAGAGAAUUGGACUGGUGUUGGAGCUUUACCGUGGACUUGGCCUGUGAAUGAGCAGAUCAUAGAUUUGCUGCAUAAGGGUGUCUUUGCGGCUGUCACAGGUUAUGUGGCUGAUCGCCUCAUUCUGGGAACUGCCUUGAAUGCUUGA